AUGGAAGACAGGAAUGCGGAAGUUCAGAAGCGACAAAGUGUGUGGAACUCUGUCCAGCAAAAUUUUGAAGCACGGGAGGCUGUGAACAGGGAGAAAAGCGCAAUGUACGAGAAGCACCUCAAGAUUUGGCAGAAGAUAGUGCAGUACACGACUUGUGUCCACACACAUGGAAGCCAGAAGCCCCCAGGUGCCACGUGGAAAGAUUUUUGGGUUCAGGGCCUUGGUGCUGAAUGUGCAGGCGCUGAGUUUCCCAUGAUUUUUCAUCAGAAUGAAGAGGUUCUUCCAUUCUGUGAACUGCUCACCAAGCUGAUGGAGCAUGUCGGAACUUUGCACACAGAAACCAAAAAGUUCCAAUCACGGACCUUGAAGUUGUCAGACAGAACAAGAAAGAGAAAACAACAGCACGAUCGUCGACUGGACAGGGUUCAAAAGAAAUUUCAGAAAACAAUGGGCACUGAUGAUGAAGCAAAGAAAGAGGCCAUGAAGAAACGGAGGAGGCAACUCUACCAUAUCAAGCGCCGUGACACUCUGCCCAAGUCCAAGAAAAGAGCUGGUCUCAAGAAGGUGGCUGAAGAGCAUGUGGCUGCACCGCCCGACAAGCCCCGGAGACUGAUAUUCAUCAGCGACAAAAUGAGGGUGGUGAGGUUCUACCAGCAGCUUGUCAAGGAGAAGGAGGCUGCGUCCAAGAUCUUGGCAAAGCAAAUGUCCUCCUGUGUGACCUGGUCUGAACGAGAGCAGCUCCGCGACCAAAAGAAGGAUGCCAAGAAGAUUUGCCGGAGAAACUUGCAGGACGUUUGCCGUCGCACCUUUCCUGAUAUAGUCGGGAAAGCUCAAGUCAGGAAAUGGGUCCUGACCGCUGAGAUUGAAGGGUGGGCUGAUCUUCCACAGCAGCUACAGGCUUCAUCAGUGUCCACUUCAAAUGGAUGGAGGCAGAAGUAUGGGGCAAAGCUCAAGGGCAGAGGAGGAGAGUCUGGAUCGGUACCCAUGUCCAUCAUGCGCGAACUGGACCAGCUACUAAUGAAGCACAGUCAGGGCUACUCUGAGGUCAGCGAACGGCGUGAAAUUGUGGCAACAGCAGCUGGUUUGGUCAACGAUUGGAAUUCCUGCUUGGAAGAGAUGACGGAGGAGAUAAAGAAUCAGAAUGAGCAAAUGUUGUCCAAAUCGCACGAAGCAGCAAUGGCUGGACUGACUGCAUUGCCAAAGCCAUUGAAAGUACCAAGUGCUAGCUGGUGCCGAAUGUUCCAAAAGAAUUGGGGCUGGAGCCUGCUGUCUGCUGGCUCAGAGGCCCAAGCCUACUUGCCAUACGACCACGUGGACAUGGUGAUGAGCAGAAACCAUGUAAAAGACCUCUUCACCACUCAGGGCGUUCACCCAGGUCUACUGCUGAACUUCGAUCAAGUCCUGACAAGUUCUUGGUCGGACGGCAGCAAAGGCCCGCUGGCCUUCUGCAUCCCAGAAGGGGCCAUGACUGCACAAGAAAUACAGAAAUGGAACCAGGAGCACGAGGUGCGGCAUUUUAUCAUAAACAGUCACAGUGAGAUGUGCCAGAGGUUUGGCCUGGACAUCAACGACGAGUCUGCUCUGUGUGGGUUCAUCUGUGAUGCAUGGACGGGUACCUACGCGGAAUCACGUGGAGAGGCACCCCGCAGGAAUGCCUUCUACACGAGCCAUCGGGUGCUUCCACCCAGGAAGCAGCCCGGUGGGUGGAGCAGUCAUGGACAGCCCGUGGAUCAGUUGCAUGGUUGCUUUCGACGUGAAAUUCGCGCCAGAGAUGUUGCUGCCGCUGGAAUGUAUUCAGAUUUGAGGACCCGCCCAGAAUUCCACGAGCUUGAUGUUCGACCAUCAGGGCAGCUGUCCUACGCUGUCAGAAGCUGGGGUGAGAUCCUUCAGCUCACUCUGGAUGCCUGGAAUAGCUUGGAUCCUAAGGUUCACCAAGCUGCAUGGCUCGCAUGCGGUUACAUGGAUCCAGACCACUUCCGUCAGUUCACCAGCGGUGACUUCACCCCGUUGGAGAUGAAAGAAGUGAAGGCGACUCUGUCUGAUGCGUUUGGUGACAUGGGCUUCUCAAGCAGUCCUCAACGGUGCACACAGCUGGAAUGGCAGGUUCAGGAGACGGGUUCAAAACAACUGAAAGGUUUGCUUCUGUGUUGGAGUCUAUCCACUAUUCAAAGACCAUGUGUUGUGUCUUGA